AUGGCCGACACCAACGUCCCGGCAGUUGACAAAGCAUCUGGUCUUGGUCCAGGCGGGAACAAGCCGCCGGCUGGAGCGCCUCCCUCAGAGGGCCAGCCGUUACUCGCCGUCGCAUCAGCCGAGGCCGGACACGCCGGCAAGCCAGCUGAAAGAUCGAUGCCGCCAACAGUCGCGGAGAGCAAGAUGAACGGCGGCAUGGGCCAUAGCCGCGGGCCCCCAAGGCCCGUCGAGGUCAUGUCUGUCCCAGAGACUCCCGUCAAUGGGUCGACGCCCGCCGGAGGAACUCCACGACCGGAGCUUCCAAUCUCGGAGGAGCCAGCACCUUCAGCCCCGGAGCCUCCCCGUGAGCCGGCCAUCGAGCCCGUCGAGAUGACGGGCGUUGAGGAGACAACGUCGAUUCCCGCGACUCGCGUACCUGACAAGAAGCCCGCUUUCUCUUCGGAAGCACCUAAACCCACGUCAUCUGGGUCUGAGCUUGCGUCGGCGCCUCGCGAAGAGCCCGGGAAACAACAGGCAUCCGGCUUCAAGGCCCCCGAGCCCGCCACGGCCGGUUCCACCACCACCGAGGGCAUGGACAUUGACGAGCCCGAGGAGAAGCAGGCCGUGCCAGUGACUCACACCGGACCCGAAUCAGAGCCCGUUCCUGCGCCGGCCCCAGCGCCUGCCACGGCACCAGUCGCAGCGCCGCCUCCCAUCUGCGGCGAGCAGCAGCCUGCGCUUUUCCACGGCGGGCCAAACGACAACGCUGUCGGCGAGAAACGAAAGCUCGACAAUGCCGUCCCGCCAGUUGGCGGCUCAUCCGCGACGGCCAGGCCUCCCGCAGAAGACUCAGCGGCCCCGGACUCUUUCCCGCCGGGUAAGAAGCCCAAGCUCGACGAGAACAUCAGCUCAGACGGGGACGCGGCGCAAACGGCCGCGCUGGUCCCAGAACCAGAUGCUGCUUCCGCUGCCGAUGCAGCCUCUGACCCAGCACCAGCGGAUACUGCAGACCGGCACCCGCAGACGUCUCCCAAGAACGGCAGGCCCAAAAAGGAAAAGAAGCUCCCGCCGGUCGGCAAAACGGCGCGCAAGACCAGAAGCCAGGGCCCAGCUGACGCUUGA